AAUUCUAUUCCCUGUUCCUGUUGCCUGUUGCCUGGCAUUGUGUGAUAGGCUUAAGAAUUGGCCAAUGAUAGUCGGUUAUUUUUACGACUACGACUCUGCGACUCGCAUUGUAAACCCCGCAUUACCGCGCGACGAGAAGCGACGCUGUGAGAACAAAUGAAUAUCUUAAAUGAAUAACGCUAUCGCGUCUCUUUUGCCGUGCGGCAAUCGUUUUCGUGCGUCCUAUGUGCAGAAACCGUAACCUAUGCCUGUGCAGUCAAGUCUGUAUAAAAAAACUGGAAGAUACAAGUUCGGUUGACGACACGUUAAACACUCCAAAAAGUGUACAGGAAAAUCUCAGCUCUUUUAGCGUUUUCGAUUUGCUGACUCGACCCGACUCCGAGUCAGAAAAGUUUGAUCAAAAGUAAGAUUUUUGCAGAAAUUGUGGUUCAAAUCUUGCUAUUGAUCAAAAUUUUCUGACACUAGGUCGGGUCGAGUCAGAAAAUCGAAAACGCUAUUUGUUUACAAAAGCCAUUACAGUUCUGUGAUUUAAUUACGUUUAUCCGUGCAGUACUCGUAGAAAAUGGGAAAACCAGUGUAUUAGCAGAAAUUCCGAUUAGAAUGGAAGUCUAACCCUCAGUUAAAAGAUUGGAUUCGUGAAGAUAUGACGAAUAAAACUAAAGCUUACUGCAAAUAUUGCAAGUGCAAUAUACAAUGCAAAUUGAGUGAUUUGAUUUUGCAUGCUAAAACAAAAAAACAUAAAGUAGCAAGCAGAUCGCAGCUAGUGGAAUGCAAAAUUCCAUUCAAACCCUUAUCUACCAAGACGCAAGAACAGGAGGCUGCUCUAGCCUUAUAUAUCAGCCAGCAUAGUGCAAUAGCGCCCGUUGAUCAUUUAAGUUCUUUGUGUAAAAGUAAAUUUGAUGAUAGCGUGACGUGCACUCAAAUGAUGUUGCACAGAACCAAAUGUACUAACAUAAUUAAAAAUAUAUUGGCAACCCAUUUUGUUGAGGAUUUGCGUAUUGAUAUUGGGGAUUCAAAGUUUAGUUUAUUGCUCGAUGAGUCAACGGAUAUUAGCGUCACAAAACUUCUUGGUAGUGUUAUCAUAUAUUUUAGAACGGACAAUGCCAGUGUCAUGGUUGGCUGUAACAAAAGUGUGUAUACUGAACUGAGAAAAGAACAAGAGCUCUAG